CGAGGUUAGAAAAUUUGCACUUUGGCCAACGACGAACAUGUUUACAAGCUGACAAGCACAAUCUAAAUUGAUUUAACAGAAAAGUAACAACAUGUCGACAAGUCUAGACCUUGCAACACAGAUCAUCAAGUUUGGAGGUCAGGCAAGUGGCAGGGACAAGUUAUUCAGACUCAUCCAGUAUGGCAGUAAAUUGGUCGGGUGGCAUCUUCAAAAGAAUGCCAAAGGCCUGGAGCUUGUGGAGAAACUCAAGAAACUGGAGUCCUCCUUGAGUAUGACCAGGAAAUUGCUGCGUAUGGGUAAGAGUCUUGACUUUAUCAUGGCUGCCCUGAAGAGCAUCCACAUCAAGGACACGGUACUGAGGCUGACGAUCACAAUGUCAAAGCUCAACCAAGCUUGUUUCCUACUCUUUGACCACAUCAUUUAUGCUCACAAUGUUGGACUCAUCAGCACCGACAAGAAAAAAUGGUCAAACAUAUCAGCCAGAUUCUGGGUGUUCAGCUUGAUUCUGAAUCUGGCGAGAAACACGUACGACAUCAUGAACAUUGUACAGGAGGAGAUGAGACGACAACAACUGCCGAAGAAGCAGGAUCAGCAAGUGAAUGGGGAUACUACCCACAGCAGGCGGAGCUCUAAUUCACAAAACACAAACGUUGUCAGGAAAAUUGUGAUGCAGAAUAAACCAGUAAUGCUAGAUCUGGUUAAAAACUUGGCAGACUUGAUUUUACCCCUGAACACUCUCGGAAAGGUGAAUGCGUCUGCAGGCACUCAAGGGUUCCUGGGAUUGAUAUCCUCAUCCAUAGGAAUAGCAACAGUCUGGGACUCUUCUCUCAAACUUGUUCCAUAAUGACAGACUGACAACAUUUAGGAAAAUACAUAUAAAAUAUUCACAAAUCAAUCAAGAUACAUGCAAAUGUAUUCUCAGACUGUCAAAGAAAUUUGAUAUUUGUGUUUUUACAGUAGCACAAGAGUUAUGAAAUGCUCAAAAAUCUAUCAAGAUAUUUGGUACGGUAAUUAUAUAUAAAACAAGUUGCUAAGCCUAUCUGCUUUGAGAUUGGAUAGGUAAUGGGGUUGCACAAAAGUAUAAUAUUCUGGUUUAUUUUAGGCUGCAUAAACCAAUAGUUGGUAGCAUUGAUGGCAUGAUUAAAGAAUAUUUUAUAAGUAGCAGUUUGUUGGACUGGUCAGGUGCCUUUCACCAAGACGGCCAGGGUUUGACUCCCAAUUGGAUGUAAAAAAACAUGCGAGUCCCCGGCAUGAUCAUCCAAGUUUCUCCAGGGUCUCUGGUUUCCUUCUGCAUUAAAAACACUUGCGCGCUUCUGUGCUUCCAACCGGGACAACAAGAGUGAUUAAUCUAACUUCAAAUAACUUAUUUCAUAUUGUUGUGAAAUAGAAAAAGUUACCGUUUUACAUCUUCAUCCAAUCUAAAAAGUACCAGGUACAAGGUUAUAUUUUGGUUGAGCUUUGUAAAAUGAUUCAAACUCCAAUUUAUGCAUCUCACACAGUUCCUGUUUGGGAUAUGCAUUCAUUUUAGGAUUAGGUAUGCUAUAAUGACAAUCAAUUGUUGACAUAAUUUUUUUGUUUCAAAUUUUACCAUUUUUGACCCUACUUUUUCGUCAAAACUGACUGUUUUGGGUGCAAUUCUUUUAAAUGAUUCUAACUCCUAUAAGUAUACACCCUACACUCUCUUGAGCAUCCAAUUGAAAUCUAGACUUCCUCUGGUACUGAUUUAGAUUUAGAUUUAGAGGCUUUCAUAUUGAUCUUACUUUAUGUGCAAACUUUUUGAAACUAAUAUAUUAACAAUUUGCUAUGACUGAUGCUAGUGAGCUUUGUAGUCGUUGAUUGCACUUGUUUCUAUUGUGUAUUUUAUCUUCAGUAUUCCAAGCUUUGGAUUUUUUUUAAAUGAUUUCUCAAAUGUUUUGAAGCUUGAAUUCUUUAAAUACUUUUUUAAUUUUUUUUUUUUAAAUAUUUCAUAGAAAAAGGAAUUGUAGAGAAAGAAUGUUUAUUUGUCAUUCUUAUUUCUUUUAUAUUGUAUGUAAGCCUUUGAUUGAAAUAUUUUUAGUUCACAUAAAAUGAUUUGUCAAUUAACAUAUUGUUGUCAGCCUAACAGUAGGAAAUUUAAGUAUGAAAUGAUAAGUGCUGUUAUGUGACAUAUAAAGGAAGACUGAGAUAUUGAAAUUCGAGAGAGGAUUGAGUAUAAAACUGUGAUAAAACAUCUUCCAUAAUGUUUGAUAUGUUUAUAAUAAUAAGUGCCUAUCCAGUUUUAUAUAUAGAAAGUAGUAUAUGUACAGUAUGUUCCUACAGUUUUAGAUGUUGACCUUGUGAUCAGUCUGCAGAUGGACAGACACAUGUCACAUACCAUUUUAUAAGAUUGUGUACAGAUGUUUUUUUCUUUUUAUAUUUCUAGUCCAGAGACUGUACUUUUCAGUUUCUUAAACUGUCAUACUAUUAGUUACAUAAAUUUGAAUUAGUAGAUUGUGUUCUGGUUUCUUUACUGAAUCAAUGUUUGAUAUUUGAUUUAGAUAGUUGUAGCCAUGCUUAAGUUCUCACAUGUAUUCCCUUCAAAGUACAAAUUAUAUAUGAAAUUAGUGUGUAUCUGUCUCUGUGUAAGUAAAUACAGUUGUUGCACAGAAAUAUUGCCAAGAAAUCAAAUGUAUAAAAUGUAGUUUAUAUAGAACAUAUAUACAGUGUUGUAUAUUAUUAUGUAACACAAUGAUGUACUGAAUAUGAUUAAAUUGUUAUUGAUGAUAUUAGAUCAUGAAAAAAAGACAUCUCAUUUUCUUCACAUUUCCCUUGUGAAUCGAUCCUCUCUACAUGAACAUAAUUAUGUACAACAGUAGUUUUAACCCUGUGACAGAUUAUGUCUGUGAUUUAUGUUUUAUUUUUAUUAUAACAUUAUAGUACAAAGUCUCUAGUGGUUCUUAGCUAAGCAGAAAAUAGUUCAGUUUGUGGAGGUGACACAUUCUACUAGUUAGAGGCCAAUCGAUUACACAAAUGAUUGUCAUGCAUGAAAUUGAUUCCUAGCUGGGAAUGAAAACUGGUAAAUCCUGUAGCCUUGUCACCAGAAUAAUACUGUAGUGAAAUAUUUACGAAUAUACUGUAUUGUUACCUAUCUACUAUAACAGUUUUGUUGUAAAUGUAUAUCCAUAUACCGGGUAUUCCUAUUAAUUUUAUGUUUGAAAAUGAUCUCAUUGUUGUUGAUUAAUUUAUUACUGUUCCGAUAUUAAUAGGAUCUUUUUAUUUAAAUAGUAUAUAUUGAUUCCAUUGAAUUUUCUUUUUUAAAAUAAUUUAUCAAGUUGAUAUAUUCACAGUCUUUUAUGUAUUUAAUGCUUUCAUUUAUACAUUAAUAUUUAUCAAAUCUUGUUCUUUCCAUCACAAUAUUUACGAAGCAAGUUACUGAAGUAUCAUUCAUGACAUGUUCAGUGUAUAUUCGGCAAACAAUUGUAUAUAUUGUUUCAAUGUAUGCUGAUACUACAGACAUAAUAUACUUGUUGUCACCUUCAGAUGUCCUGUGCUAUAUAUCUAGGUUAUACGUGAUAUAUAUACAUGUAUGUUUUCAGUGACACAACACAAAUAUGGGAAAAAGCUACUUCAGACAUACAUGUAUUCGAUAAAUCUGCUUAUGUUAUAUACAGGAUAAAGGCACCAGAUCUAAUGCAUUAAAUCAGUACUUUAUAUGUAUUACAAGUUAUUUUAUAACUGCUUUAAAUCUGUUGCAGUUAAGGAGAUUAUUUUGAUGUAGUGUUCUGUAACAUGUUUUACUGAUGAAUGCUAUAAUCAUUUUUCCUGUUACUUGACACAAUAAUUACUAUCCUAGGUAUGUGAAACACAAGUAUACAAACAUGAUAAUGCAUUACCUGUGGAAUUUAAUUUCUUAGUCAACCUUAUAAGUCAGAUAUCAUCAGCACAAUUCCCAGUACAUAGAUGUAUUUAGUGUACUACAUUACCAUUCAAAUGCUUUAUUAAAGGUUCGUUACAGAAGUAUAAAGACAUCUUGUCUAUGUAGUAGUGCCGUCUUUUACAAUGUUCAAUGACUGUGUUGUAAAUCAAACCUCUAACAAGCCCAUUGAUACUGUAAACUAGCUAGUCACUAACAAGUUGUCUGACUACAAUUGUAGGAUUUCAGUGCUCUUACCACUUAAUCAGUACUCUAACUGUAGUCGUCAACUAGUGUUCUAACUUUCGUGUUCUAGCUAGCCGAUAUAUUUAGUGCACUAACACUGCCAGUUAAUGAGGUAACUAACUAAACCUAGUCAGCCUAGUGCUCUUAUUCUACCAAGUUUUAAGAAGAAAGUAACUAGCAAGAUCUCAUACUUGUCAACCGUCCCUAGGAGGGAGACUCCCUCAUUUUGACCAAAAUUG